AUGCUCCUGCUGGACGAUGAGAGGGUAUCGGAUCUCGGCGGUCGUGACAGCGAGGGUAGGGAUAUCACCGCCGAUAGUGAUUGGCUCGUUGUUGUAACCGGCCAGGACAUUUCCUGUAUCGCGGCACAGAGUGGUCAAAGGAUGAUUGGCAGUGCGCUAAAUCCGACGGUUGUGCUGAGGUGGCCCUUACGCGCCAAUAAGACCAAACGGGAUGGCAGCAUUGAACCACGAUUCAAAAAUGCCGAUAUCCAACGAGACGUCAGCAAUAGUGGUUUCCUGGCCCAACGAAGCAGAUAG